AUGAGUGAGGUAUGGCAAGUUUUUAGCAAAGACGAUACAGGACUUAAAGUAAUAUGCUUAAUAUGCAAAAAGAAAUAUGCAAAUCCAGGAUCAAGCACAACUAACAUGUGGAAUCAUUUAAAAUUAAAACACAAGACAAAAUAUAUUGAACUUGAUCGAAUUCGAAUGGAAUUAUUGGGAAGUGCGUUUGAUCAAGACGUUUCCAAUGUUUCCAUUGACGAAGAUGGGUCUGAAAUUGAGGAAACAAAUUCGUUACUCUCACAACCUUCUACUUCAAAUUAUUUACCAGAACUAGGUCAAUCAGAUUCAAGUAUUUCUCUGCCUCAUACUGCUACUGAGACUGACACCUCCUCAAUUGCCACGAUUCACAAGACAACUUCAACUAGUACUAGGCAAAUGAAAAUGACACAAUUUACUCUGAAUAAAAGUGCAAAAAUAAAAAUUGAUAAUGCCCUUGCCUAUUUCAUUGCAACAAAUAUGAUAACAUACAGUUUAGUGGAAAAGGAAGGAUUCAAACUAUUUGUAAAUGCGUUAAAUCCUAGCUACAAACUACCAGGCCGAAAAACUCUUACGGAAUCGCGAAUUCCGUCUAUGUAUAGUGAAACACGUAACAUUAUAGGAAAUAUAAUUAAGAAUGCCAAUUUUUUUACUUUCAUUACAGACUGCUGGACUUCAAGUUCAAACCAACCGUUUAUUGGUCUCACGUGCCAUUUCAUCAAUGCUAAUUUUAAAUUAAAUUCAGCCUGUUUAGGUUGCAUUGAACUUUCAGAAGACCAUACUGGUGAGAAUAUAGCUGAUGUAGUUCAAAUGUUGUUUUUAGAUUAUGAGGUACCAGAUUGGAAAAUAUGUUCAGUAGUGACUGAUUAUGGAUCUAAUAUGCUAAAGGCUAUACGCAAUUUAAAUAUACCACAUGUUGCUUGUUUUGGUCAUGCUCUUAACACAGCAGUUUCACGUAUUUUUAAUAUGGACGAGAUAAAAGAUGUAAUCCAUAAAAUCAAAUCAAUUCACAAUAUAUUUGCUCAUAGUUGGAAGGCUGUUCGAGAAAUAAGAAUAGUCCAAGAGAAAUUUAGCUUACCAAAAAAAAAAUUUCCAUCUUACUCAAAAACGCGUUGGUGGUCGAUGUUGGAAUUAAUUAAGGUUAUUAUUGAGCAAGAACUUGGACUCACAAGAUUUUUACGGACGUAUCAAAAUGGUGUAUAUAGAAAUUUAUCUCUCCAAGAAUCAGAUAUAAUCAUGUUAAAAAACCUAAGUUGUAUUAUACAGCCAAUCCGGGAAAUAACUGAUAAUUUAGCUGGCGAUUCAUAUGUCACAGGUUCUGCUAUACUACCAGUUAUUUCUUCGCUAAAAUCAAAAUUAUCUAAAAUAACAGAACAAAAUGAAAGUGGAGAUACGGACAUCAAUGGAAAACAAAUUAAACACAUGUACACGACUAUUAUUGGGAUUCUAGAUCAAAGUUAUCAAAAUAACACAUUGUUAAUUAUAUGUGCCGUAUUAGAUCCUAGGUUUAAAAUCGAGUAUAUUAUGUAUGAUGAUUUAUCUGUUUUAAAGAAAACCAUCGGAGAAUUUUGUGAAACAACAUACGAGAGUAUCGAAAGUAAUAGUUACGUCAACAAUACUGCUAAUCAACUGGCAUCGCAAAAAAAAACAAAAACCGGAUUGUCAGUAAUUUUUGGUACCCCUGAAAAUAAUAGUAUGGAUAAUUUUCAAGAAGUUCCAUUAAGCCAAAAAAUAAAAAAUGAAUUGGACUUAUACAUUAACAAUCCAAAAAUCGGUGUUGAACAAGAUACACUAGAUUGGUGGAACAUAAACAAAACAACUUAA